AUGGACUUCGACGAUCCCAAAAACACAAAGUCUUACUCUGAUGCGCUAAAGGUCGAUCCGAAUUCCAUUAUUACGACUUCAAUUGAUGCAGUUCCUGUAACCGUUGAACGGAAGCCGUAUCAACCGGGGGUUGAUAAGCCUCGACUGGCCCAUGCAGGAGUUGCGAGAGCCAAUCUUGCUGCAACUCACGAGCGCCCUGAGGGAACGACCGAGAAUGACUGGGCUCAACGGCACCAGGAUCAAACUGUUCUGCAGCAGCAUUGCGAUUUCUUUGAUAAGGACCACGAUGGAGUGAUAUGGCCAAUUGACACCUUCAGAGGCUUCUAUCAGCUAGGCUACGGAAUCAUUUUAUCCGUAAUCUCCGUCUUGGUUAUCCAUGGGAACUUCUCGUAUCCAACACAAUCCUCGCUCCUCCCCGAUCCCUUCUUCCGAAUCCACAUCGACAACAUUCACAAGGAUAAGCAUGGCAGCGACACUGGGACUUACGAUACCGAAGGACGAUUCAUUCCACAGAAGUUCGAAGACAUCUUCUCCAAGUAUGCAGAAGGUCGUGAUUACUUGACGAUAUGGGAUGUGAGUAAUUUGAUGAAAGGCCAAAGACUCAUCGCCGAUCCCAUCGGAUGGGGUGGUGCCUUCUUUGAGUGGUUGGCGACCUACAUCUUACUUUGGCCAGAUGAUGGGCGUAUGAUGAAGGAGGAUAUUAGAGGGAUCUACGACGGAAGCCUCUUCUACAAGGUCGCCGCUCGACGAGCACCGAAGUAA